UCAGCUGGUGCCUUUAUGAGGGCGUGGAAGCCUGAUUUCACUAGUCAUGUAAAUGCGGUAACUAUCUUCGUAAAGAUGCUAAAAAUUGGAAUAUUUGAUAUAAGAGUUAUAAGUGCACUAAACAAUACAUUAAGUAGCACAGCAGAAACGCACACGAUUGUACAUACAAAAAUUGUUGUGAAACUGUUAGUGCUACUCCGGAUAUCUGCCUCCUAUGCCACUGUUUGCAGGAGGUCCUAUACCAAUGGCAUUCAGAGGUCCUACAUAACGUUUAAUGAUCUGAGGAAGAAAAAUCGGCGGUACAACAAAAAAGAACUAGUUGGGUACUCCAUGCAGGACAUGUUCCAGGUAGUUUCAGAUGUGCCAAAUUACUUCAAAUUUGUUCCCUAUGUAAAGAGAUCUAAUGUGCAUAGUGAAGACACCCAAGGAUUUAAGGCAGAUCUCAUUGUUGGCUUCCCUCCAUUUAGUGAAGUCUAUACAUCGCGAGUAACGUUAGAAAAACCACGGCUCGUAAAAUCCGAGUGCCAUGAUGGACGUCUUUUUAAGUAUCUGUUGAACGAAUGGCGCUUCAGUCCUGGUUUAAAGGAUAUACCCAAUUCUUGCGUUAUAGACUUUAAAGUCGCAUUUGAGUUUAAAUCGUUAUUUCACAGCAAUAUAGCGAAUAUAUUCUUUGAUUUGAUUUGCACCCAAAUGGAAAAUGCUUUUAUUCAUGAAGUGCGGCGGCGGAAUGGGCCACCAUCAAUACGUUCACAUGUGCUUACCUCGCAAAGGUCUUGAUGACAAAACGAACAAAAACAACAGAAAUUCUCUCUUUGAAUUACGUUUUUGAUUAAUCUAAAGUAAAUUUUCGCUGUAGAAGAAUAAUUCAGAUACAAAUUUUUAUAAACAAUAAAAACAUGUGUUAUAUUGUAAUGCCAA